CAGUCAGCACCACAGUGUGUGUAUAAGGAUAACAUGUGAAACACACACCUGCUGCCCAGAGAAACACGUCUACCAACUGGAAGCUAUGAAGCUGACUGUGCUGUUCUGGGCUGUUCUGCUGUUUUCUGUCUCUGUCCUUUCCCAGGAGGAUGAGACAGCAUCUCUGUUUCCAAACAACCACAAGGUGAGGACAUCUGGAGGACCGAGAUCAGAAGCUCUUGUUGAUCUCACAGAGCCUAACUGUGGGAAGUACGAAGGAGGAAUCUGCACCAAGGAGUAUGCUCCAGUAUGCGGCAGUGAUGGAAAAACCUAUGACACCGAGUGUCUUCUCUGCAAGAAGAACAGAGAAGAGAAGAAUAAUGUGAAGGUGGCGAAAAAGGGGCCGUGCACUUCCUAGAUAGCUAUGCUGCACGCAUGAGUGUUAAAUAGGGCCUAUUGAUUUCCUGUAUUUGUGUUCUCAAUAAAGUCACCUUCUGCAGCAUA